GCUAGAUAACAGAAGCUGAAGCAUGGCAUCAAUGACUCUGAUAAGGGCAAGUGUACAACCAAUCUGCUUGACAACUGACAAGAGGCUGCGGUUUGAAGCAGACUGCAAAAAGAACACAAGAAAGUGAUUUGCAAAGGGUAUUCCAGUUGUUUGCCUUCCAUCUCCUUUCCUCUGUCUGUAAUGAAACAAGACUUUUAAACAGCUAAAAUACCCUUAUCCUUUUGUCUCUCCACAAGAAAGUAAAUAUAGAAGAAAUGCAUUAUUUGGGGGUAUUAGCUGCACUGUCUGUUUUCAACAUCAUUGCCUGUUUGACAAGAGGUAAGCCUUUGGAAGACUGGAACAAGUUACCAGUUAUGGGAAAGUCUGAUGCACACUUUCAUGAUCCUGAGGAAGUCGAAGGUGAGACUCAUUUCGACUUUAAAUCUUUCCUGGAGAAUAUGAAGAUGGAUUUACUAAGGAGUUUGAAUUUGUCAAAAGUCCCCUCACAAGUGAAGACCAAAGAAGAACCACCACAGUUCAUGAUUGAUUUAUACAACAGAUAUACUGCAGACAAGUCCUCCAUCCCUGCAUCCAAUAUUGUGAGGAGCUUCAGUACUGAAGAUGUUAUUUCUUUAGCUUCACCAAAAGAAAAUCCAUUUCAGAAGCACAUCUUGCUCUUCAACAUCUCUAUUCCACGAUAUGAGGAAAUCACCAGAGCUGAACUGAGAAUAUAUAUCUCCUGUCACAGGGAAUUUGUCUCUCUCUCUAAGCUGGAAGGCAACAUGGUCAUUUAUGAUGUUCUAGGUGGUGACCACUGGGAAAACAAAGAAAGUACCAAAUCUUUCCUUGUCUCCCACAAUAUUCAGGAAUGUGGUUGGAAGAUAUUUGAAGUGUCCAGCGCUGUGAAAAGAUGGGUCAGGGCAGACAAACUGAAAACUAAAAACAAGCUAGAGGUUGUUAUAGAGAAUAAGGCUCUGGGUGGUUUCACUUGUGGAAAGCCAGCUAUCAGUGAUACAAAAAAUCUGCCCCUGUUAAUAGUGUUCUCCAAUGACCGUAACAAUGGGACAAAAGAGACCAAAGUGGAGCUCCGGGAGAUGAUUGUUCAUGAACAAGAAAGUGUGCUGAAGAAACUAGGGAAGAACAACACUUCAUCUGAAGAGCUAGAACAGGGAGAGGAAAAGGCCAUCACUGGGCACCACCAGCAUUCCUCCAGAACCAAGAGAAGCAUCGGAGCCAACCACUGCCGGAGAACUUCCCUCCAUGUCAAUUUUGAGGAGAUUGGCUGGGAUUCCUGGAUCAUUGCACCGAAAGAUUAUGAGGCUUUUGAGUGUAAAGGAGGUUGUUUCUUCCCUCUGACAGAUAAUGUUACCCCAACGAAACAUGCUAUUGUCCAAACGCUGGUGCACCUCCAAAACCCAAAGAAAGCUUCCAAGGCCUGUUGUGUUCCAACCAAACUGGAUUCAAUCUCCAUUCUUUAUAAGGAUGAUGCUGGUGUGCCCACUUUGAUAUACAACUAUGAAGGGAUGAAAGUGGCAGAAUGUGGCUGCAGGUAGUAUACAAAGCAGAAUCUCUAAGAAUAAGAUACUCACUUUUUCUGUUAUGUGUAAAUCUGUACAUUAGUGAUACAAAUGAAAAUCCUUGCAAACAAUGCUUGGAGCAGGGUAUGGGCCUGGUUGUUGCUGUUGCUGCUUGUUUCAAAGGAAAACUGGCAUUUAAAGAAUGGCAAUCAUUGUAAAUAGCCUGCAUUAUAUAUAUCACGGCAAAGUGAAUACUGGAUUAAAGUAUUGUGAGAUUGAAUGAAUUGUGCAUUAUUUGGCAACAGUGAUACAAUUUGAAUACCUUAUUUCAACUUUUCUGUUUGAGCAGUUCUGUUUAGGUCAC